CUCUUCGUGGGGCAGCAGGGCAGCGGCAAGUCGAGCCUGCUCGCCCUGCUCCAGCCGUCCGUCGCCAAGGAGGCGCCGAAGCCCACGGUCGCCCUCGAGUACGUCUUCGCGCGGCGGUCGCGGACGACGAGCGCGGCCAAGGACGUCGCGCACAUCUGGGAGCUCGGCGGCGGCAUGGGCUUCGAGACGGGCCGCGAGCUCCUCGUCGGCGUGCCCAUCACGCCCGCGCGGCUGCGGACGGCCGUGCUGGGCGUCGUGCUGGACCUGUCCAAGCCCCACAACGUCGUCUACACCUGCGUCCACUGGCUCAAGAUCCUGCGGGCGCACGUCGCCGCGACGCUCGACGAGCUCAGGCGCGACAACAAGGGCAAGACGGCCGACGGCCUCGCGGAGCAGGCCCGGGCGCGCUUCGCCGAGCGCAAGCCGGACAAGAAGGGCGACAAGCCCGGCGAGCACCCGGACCGGCGCACGGUGGACCCGAGCCCCGUGCCGAUUUUGAUCGUCGCGAACAAGUGGGACGUGCUCGGCGAGGAGGGCAACGACCUCGGCAAGGACCGCCUCGCGCUCAAGGCUUUGUGCCAGGUGCUGCGCUUCCUCGCCCACCAGCACGGCGCGACGCUCGUCUUCACGUCGUCCAAGGACGCGGCGCUCACGAAGACGUUCCGGAACCUGCUGUCCUACGCGCUCUUCCACAAGGUCGACAAGAGCUACCGCGUCGAGAAGAACGCGGACAAGCCCCUCUACGUGCCCCCGGGCGGCGACACCUUCGACGAGCUC